AUGGGGUACAUCUCCCUGGUGCUGCUGCGCAGCACUCUGGCAGCACUCUUAUUCUUUGGCGCAUACCUGCGUGAAACUGGAAGGCUCCUGCAGGGCGACAAGACGGUCCCCCACGUCUUGAGCAUUUGUGCUAUCGGACGCUUGUCAGCCAUCGCGACUGGCUUGGGGACCUAGGCGAUGUUCCUUUGGUGCUGGUGGAAGGCAUAUUUGAUGUUUGCUCAGCGGAGCAGCUUUCUCGUAUCGAGGAUGAGACUAGGCUGGGUGGCCGGGACAUUGGCGCAGAAAUCUCGCCAUUCUGGAAGAGAGUAAUCAUGGAGAGGUUUGGCCUCGAGGCGCUACCUACAGAAGAGAAAGAUACCGAUGAAGACAGCAUAGAUUGGAGAGCGCUGUAUGAAUGGAGGCUGCAGGAGUAUGAGGAUCACACUCGGACUCUAGGGCAGCGGCUGAAACGAUUGGGUGAAGAGUGUCUUGAGGACAAAAAUAGGCGUACCUUGCAGGUGAUCCAGCACGCUCCUAGGAGGCAAGCUCCCAGAGGGGCUGGUAACCGUCUUGCGCCGCCGCCGCCAAGGUCCCGGCACCGGCUGCUCAAGAAGCUGGGCAUGCGUGCCGCGCCCAGCAAGAAAGCGCCCAUGAUCAGGCCCGCCCGACGGCCUGUGCGCCCGGCACCUGCGCCAGAGCCACCUGCCAAGUGGGCAUCCACAGAAACGCAUAGGGGCCUGCUGCUUGUGGAAUGCGACCUGGGCUUGCCUGGCGAUCCACCCACCACAAAAGUGGCUCCCGCUGCUGACUCAGCGAUGACAUCACCUCCCCUGCCAGCACCCACCGACAACCGCUUCACACACAUGCCGCGGUUUGAGGAGCCCAGGAAAGCCUGCGCGCAGGCCGGGAAGCAGGGAGUGCUGAAGGAGAAGGGGCAGCAGGGGAAGAGCUCUAUGAAGAGGCCGCCACAGCCGCUGACUCCAGAGGGCCCUGCCAAGCGUAGGAAGCCUGAGCUACUGAGCGCAUCGGCGCUGGCGGCAAUUGCAGCUUCCGGCAGGCGCGGGGCAGCUGCCGGGAAGCUGCCGGCAGGUGCUGGCAACAGGCAGCAGCUGCCAGCUGCUAAGCCCGUCAAGGCAGGGCAGCCUGCAAGAACAGCCAUAAGGCCCGGCGGAUCGCUCUCUGAGAAGGGUGCGCGGCAGUUGGGCCAGGGCAGUGAAUUUGUGAGGAGCAAGGGUAGCGGUGGGAGCAAGGUGCAGCCUGCCAAGCAGCAGGGCUUUGCUACCCUCAUAGAGACAGACAUCUUCUGAUCUCUGCCGAUCCAGGCGUGACUAGAGGGUGUUUAGAGUCGCAGGAUCAGCGCGUUGAUAGCUAGACAGAAACAGUUUUUGAGAAACACGUGUUUAGCCUGUAGAGUGGAAGUAACCCCUGUGCACAAGUGGCAAAUAUGUUGUACAGACAUCGCGCAUGUAGAUCUAGAUUGUACAUUGCUUUGCAGAUAGUCUGCGUUUCUGCAUAGCCAGAGCUCUUGAGGCAUCUGACAUCCAGAGCCUCCCAAUUGGGAAAGUAGUCCCUGAGAAUGGGAAAGUAAUUCGCUGCGACUGCGACGAUACGUGCUAUUCUUAUAGUGCGAUUUUCAUUUAGUAUACUCAGGAUAUUCAGUAUGCUUAGUACGUACAGUCGGACUUUACAUUGGCAAAGAGCUUGGUUGGCCAGGCAUAACGCCUUGAUAGCCAUAGUUUUGAAUAUGCAAACAAGACGGGUGCCAUGUAAUAAAAUCACAAUGGUUA